GGUGGAGGAAAUCAAAGCCUCCCCUCUCCCCACCACUUUGCUAACGCAGCCCCCUGUGGGUUUAAGACCUUUGCUGCGUGAUCCCACCUUUUAUUCACGGUCACCCCCUGAGAUCCCCAAAUUUUAGGAGUUUUCAACCACUUCUCCAGCCCAUCCCAGUGCCCUGCCCUCCAAGCCUCAUCUGGCUGAGGAAGGCAUUGAGCCAAAACCGCGGGGAGGCGAGGAGGAAACCCGGCGUGCGCUUGUCCUCCCCAGCCUCCUUCUCCUGUUUGGUGGUGUUUGGGGUUGGGGACGGAUUUCCCUGAUAAAACUCCCCCGGCAGAAAGAGGAAGGGGCCCCUCUUCUUCCUGCAGAGCGGUGAUCCUCUCCCGGAGGCAGAGCCAUGGCUUCGCAGAGCCCCUCGGAGAGCUUGCAAGGCGAAGCCUCCUGCUCCAUCUGCCUGGGCUAUUUCCAGGAGCCCGUCUCCAUCCCCUGCGGCCACAACUUCUGCCGGGAAUGCAUCACCCGCUGCUGGGAAGGGCUGGAGGCCAACUUCUCCUGCCCCCAGUGCAGGCAGACGGCUUCGCACAAAAGUUUCCGUCCCAGCAGGGAGCUGGCCAAGAUCGCCGAAAUCGCCCAGCAGCUGAGCUUGCAAGCAGGCAGAGGAGCAGCGGGGCACGAGGGUUGGUGCCAGCAGCACCAGGAGGCUCUGAAGCUCUUCUGCAAGGAGGACCAGCAGCCCAUCUGCAUGGUGUGCGACCGGUCCCAAGCUCACCGCCUCCACACCGUGCUCCCCGCCGAAGAAGCUGCCCAGGAGUACAAGGAAGAAAUCCAGGCUCGCCUCGAGCUUUUAAAGGAAGAGAGAGAAAAAUACCUGGAAAGCAGAAAAUCCAGAGCAAGGAAAAACUUGCACUUGGAGAAAACCAAAAACGAAGGGAAGAAAAUAGUGUGUGAAUUCGAGCAGUUGCACCAAUUUUUGAAAGACCAAGAGCGCCUCCUCCUGACCCAGCUGGCAGAUCUGGACCGGGCCAUCACCAGGGUGCAGGAGGAAGCGGUGGUGAAGGUCUCGGAGGAGAUGGCCCACCUCGACACCCUGAUUUGGGAGAUGGAGGGGAAAUUCCAGCAGCCGGCGAGCAAAUUCCUGCUGGACGUCAGAAGACUCUUGAAAAGCUGUGAGGUGAUGAAGUUCAACCCUCCAGUGGAGAUUUCUCCCCAUCUGGAAAGAAGACUUGAGGACUUUCUUCAGAAAAAUGUCCUCGUGAGAUGCACGCUGAGGAAAUGCCAAGAUAGCCUGAUGUUUAAAUUGCAAGAGCCAACCAACGUGACCCUGGACCCAGCCACGGCUCACCCCAACCUCCAUCUCUCCGAGGACCGAAAACAAGUCAGGGGCCAACUGGUGCCCCAGGACCUCCCGGACAACCCAGAGAGAUUCGACUUCGAGCCUUGCGUGCUGGGCUGCCAGGGUUUCACCUCGGGGAGGCAUUUUUGGGAGGUGGAGGUGGGACAGGGGGGUGUCUGGGCUAUAGGGGUGGCCCGAGAGACCGCGAAGAGGAAGGGACCCAUGAGCCUCACCCCCAAGGAGGGCAUUUGGGCGCUGGAGGCUUAUCACUCCCUGACAUCCCCCCGUGCCAACGUGCGUCUGAACCAGCUUCCCAGGAAGAUACGAGUCUCCUUGGACUACGAAGGGGGUCGGGUGGCGUUUUUCAGCUCGGAUGAUGAUGCUCCUAUCUUGGUCUAUAGCAGGGCUGCAUUCAACGGGGAGAGGGUCCUCCCCUGGUUCAAGAUGGGGAUGGGGGCCCGCUUGCAAGAAAUCACCCAAAACUCAUCCUCAGAGGAGCAGUCCAUGACCGGGCAGCUGAUGUCCCCUCUGGAUUGGGUUGGGUUCAGGUCUCCCCUCCGGAUUUGUCCUGUACGCUGCAGGUUCCCAGGAGGACAUGAGCUCUUUUUGCUUUCACAGCUGGAAGACCUGAAAAAUGAGAUUGAGAAGAGGCAAGCAAAAGCCACCACCAAGCUCUCGGAGGAGAUUUCCCAGCUGGACAGCCUGACAAAAACACAGGAUAAGAAGAGCCAGCAAUCGGAUGCGAAAAGCCUCGUUACCAGGUGUGGGAAAGUGACUUUCCAGUUGCCAGUGAAUGUUUCUCCAGAGCCAGAAGAGAGAUUCUGUCAUUUCUCGUGGAGGAAUAGUGCUCUGAAGGAAACCCUGAAGAAGCUUCAAGCCAGCAUCACCUUGGACCCCGACACGGCUCACCCCGACCUCAUCCUCUCCGAAGACCAAAAGAGCGUGAGACGUGGAGAAGAACGGCAGGACCUGCCUGAUAACCCCGAGAGAUUCGACUACUGGCCCUUCGUGUUGGGCUACCAGAGCUUCGCCACCGGCCGGCACUGCUGGGAGGUGGAGGUGGGGGACGAAGGGGACUGGGCCAUUGGGGUGGCCAAAGAGUCCAUCGCUCGGAAGGGACAACUCAGCCUCUGCCCCAAAGGGGGGAUUUGGGGGGUGGAGAAGUGGGGGGGACAGGUCCGGGCACUCACCACCCGCAAGGUGACCCUCCUACCCCUGCGGGUGCUGCCCAGGAGGGUCAGCGUCCACCUGGACUAUGCUGGAGGGACAGUGGCAUUUUUUGAUGCCGACGAAGGGGGGCUUAUAUUCAUUUUUUCCCGAGCUUCAUUCACUGGGGAGAGGGUCCGCCCGUGGCUCUGGGUGGUGGGCGCCAGGUCUCAGCUCAGGCUAUGUCCCUGAGACACAGAAAUCAGCACCCCCCAAUUUCCAUAUCCUUGUUGGACAACUGCUUGCCUCCUGUGCUUCUCUUGGGGCCAUAGGGAACAGAAGAAAUGAGGGGACUUUGGCUUUUAAAUGUCUUUCACCCCCAUGAGACUAGGGGGUUGAUAUUGGUGAGGAAAGUGGGGAAAAAAGAAAAAAAAAAAAAAAAAGGAAAAGUGCUGCAGAGGGGACCUGGGGUGUGAAAGUGGAAAAUGGUGGGCAAAAGGAAAAAACCUACAGUGGCAGAAAAGCAAAAUUCCCCAGCAUUUAUAUCACAUUUAUAUCAAGUUUAUAUCAGAUUUCCUUGAUCAAAUAGAGUUGUCCCUAUCUGAGAUGAUCAUGUUCGAACCAAGUGGUCCAAAUUUUGCUUUUUUUUUUAAAAAUAAAAAAAUCAAGAUAUGUUGUUCACUUGGGAGUAUUGUAUAAAACCUUGAGGCCUCAUCUCAAAUCUCAAGAGCUUUUUAAUUUCUUGCCUCUCUCUUUGUGUUUAUCUGCCUGUUUUUUAAAUGGGGAGCUGGAUGUAAAAUUUUGCCUAGACAUUGUAAGCAAAAAUGUUAAUUCUGGCUGGAGCUUUUAGCUAAACCCCCAAGACAAUGUUUUAAUCUAACCAAUUUGGGGAAAAAGAGGGUUAAUUGCAUAAAACUGAUCAGUAAAAGUUAUAAUGUGUGGGUGGGGAGGAAUCAUGAGGCCCAGUUGGCAGAGCCUAGCCAAAAUGCUACCAACCCCAAAUGUAUCUGUGCAGAUGGAUCCUCCUCCAACAUCCCAUUAGUUGCAUGGGAAAAUCACCCUACAACAGAGUUCCUCCCUUAUAAAAGGCGGCCAGUUGAGAUGUUUAUGAUGGAAAGUUCACCCACAGCCAAGCUGCUCCUGAAUUUCAACCAUUUUCUUCCUUUUCCUCAAAUUAUUGAUAUUUGAAGCCUCAGAACUCUGUAAGAAUCAUUAAUAAUAAAAUAUUUCCUUCCCCCA